CGCAGACCACGUUGUCUGGGCGUCCAAGCAUCGAAGAUUCUUAACGCUGUGACAGUAAUUUUACAAAUCGAACUUGCGAUGGAAUCAACGCAAGAACUAUCAGAAGACGCGCAGACACUUGUGGGCCAAGGGUUGAGCCUUCGAGUGGCUCAGCGAGUCAGUGUGAUCUUUGCUACGGGUGCGUUGCUUCCCGCCGAACUGGAUGACAGAGCUUUAGAUGCUUUACGAGAAUUCAACGAAGAUGGCGCCCUUGAAGUGUUAGAGCAGUUCGGAAACAGCGAUCUGUCUCAUGUGCAAAACAAGAGUGCUUUCCUCUGUGGAGUAAUGAAGACAUAUCGCGAGAAAAACCGACAGAAGGCUCACGGACAAACACCCGGAAACGAAACCUUGAGUGGCCCUGACGAAGAGAAGAUCAAAGCUUUGCUUGACAGCACAGGGUACACUUUGGAUAUCACUACGGGACAACGGAAAUAUGGUGGCCCACCGCCAAACUGGGAAGGCCCUCCUCCUGGGACAGGCAGCGAGAAAGUUUGCUGCCAAGUGUUUGUUGGCAAGAUCCCCAGAGACUGCUUUGAAGAUGAACUUAUUCCUGUUUUGGAGGAAUGUGGCAAAAUCUAUGACUUUAGACUUAUGAUAGACCCUCUCUCAGGUCAGAACCGAGGCUAUGGCUUUUGUACAUAUUCUUCUAAAGAUGAGGCACAAGAUGCCACCAAGAGGCUUGACAAUAAAGAAAUCAGGCCUGGCAGAAGGCUUGGAGUUUGCCUUUCUGUAGCAAACAACCGUUUGUUUGUGGGCUCUAUACCCAAGAACAAGAAUAAACAGGAGAUCCAGGAAGAGUUCAGUCAAGCUACAACAGGACUGACUGAAGUUAUUGUGUACAUGUCAGCGGAAAACAAGUCCAGAAACAGGGGAUUUGCUUUCCUAGAGUAUGAAUCUCACCAGGCAGCAUCUCUUGCUCGGCGAAGACUCUCUAGUGGGAGAGUGAAAGUGUGGGGUAAUAUUACCCCAACUGUUGACUGGGCAGACCCACAGGAAGAACCUGAUGCAGAUGUCAUGUCCAAGGUUAAAGUUGUUUAUGUCAGAAAUGUGACCCCAAAUGUCACUGAAGAGCAGCUGAAGGAAAAGUUUGAAGAAUUUGGCACAAUUGAAAGAGUUAAGAAACUCAAAGAUUAUGCCUUUAUCCAUUUUGUGGAACGUGAAAAUGCAAUAAGGGCUAUAGAAGCAACAAACAAUUCUACGAUGGAUGGAGUAACACUAGAGGUGUCUCUGGCCAAGCCUCAGCCAGCAAACAAGGACAGGAAGCGUGCGGGGCAGUCUGGAUAUGGUUCCAUGAAUGCUGGUGCUCGAGGAUCCCGUGGAGGUCCACGAGGUGGAGGCCCUCCUGGGCGUGGUCGUGGCCGUGGAGGGUAUGGUGGGGGAUAUGGUGGUGGAGAUGGGUAUGGUGGAUACAGUGAUGGAUACGAAAGAGGUUAUGAAGAUUACUAUGAAGGUGAUGGGUAUGGCUAUGGUUCCAGUGGAGGUUAUGGUGAUAGGAGUUACAGUGACAACUAUUAUGAUGAUUACUAUGGUGGUGGUAGUAGCGGCAGUGGAUAUGGUGGUUAUGGUGGCUAUGAUCGCUACAGUGAGAAUCCAAGAGGUGGUCCUCGUGGGCGCAGUGGCCCACCUCCCCGUGGAGGUCGUGGUGGUUUUACAGGAAGAGGUGGUGAACGAGGGGGAAGAGGAGGUCCCCGUGGUGGUCCACCCCGUGGUGGAAGAGGUGGUCCUCCAAGGGGUGGACCCAGAGGUGGAGGAGGUGUUGCCCCUGGUAAAAGGAAGUAUGGUGCUGACGCUCAGGCAACAGUUGAGUACCCCGAGACCAAACGCAGAUACAUGGGUCAGAACCAGUCAGGAGGAGGAUGGGGAAGCCAGCCAAUCGCUCAACAGCCACUGUACAACGAAGGUGGUUAUGGUAACCAAGGAUCAAACCAGGAGUGGUAUAGCGACAGUAGCUGGCAAGGAUGGUAGACCAGCGGGAGAUAUUUUGGCUUACAACUGAUUCUGAUUUGGCAACCUAUUACACGGCCUUUCUUUGUCUGUUUCGGUUUUUAAGUUUGAAACGAGGGAAAUUCAACAUUCUGUAAAUAGAGCUGUUUGGCUUGUUCUAGACUUGUCUUGUUGAUGAUUCAGUUUGGAAGCAGUUAAACAAUUUGGUCUGUGUGGCACCAAUACCUGAGGCAUUUUAUUUUUACAUGUGAUUGGACACAGCUCUCUUGAAAGAGUUUUUAGAUUCUUUUAGUUCAAUAUAAACUACGCUGAUUGCUUUUGGAUGUAGCAACUUUUAGGUGAUAUGGAACCACUGUACUGAUCUUUUCUGCUUUUUAGCAUAGUAAAGUUCAUUGCUAUUAGUUUUUUUUAAGUUAAAUGACAGAUUGCUUUUGGAAGUUGAAAUGGCAAUGCCUUUUGCUUAUUGAAUGUUCAUUGUGAUUUGGUCAUCAGAAGGCAACCAUACUGUUUGGGCUUGUAAAGUUGUUUGAUUGAAGUCGUUAUGAAAAGAAUUAAAACUGCUAAUAAAACACAUGAUCUAAAAUGGCCUAGCAGGGAAAGGCUGGCUAAAAUGUAAGUGUCAAGUUAUUGAUUGUGCAAAAAAAAAUUCCCAUUGAAUUCACCCAAAGUUGAUAAAACUGAAAAUCCUUUAAAUUUCAAUCUUGAUUGAAAAGCGAGAAUUGUACAUUUCUUGACAGGGGAAGGUGAGUAUUGAGACCUGACAGGUCUCUUUAUUCUAUUUUUGUUUGUUUGUUUGUAGUAGUUGUUGUUGUUUAUUUUGUCACUUUUGUGUUACUUUGAUUCAUCCUUUUUUUUUUCUUCUGGGUGGUUCAUUAAUUUCUUCUAGGUACAUUGUCAAUUGCCAAUUAAUGUUGACCAUAAGAUCCAUCCUUUUUUUUUUGGGCUGUAAUUUGUUUUAGGAAAUUCUUACUCUAAAUGCUAAUUUUAUGCAACAAAUAUUCUGGAAUACUAAUGCAAAUGUCACUUAAGGGUGGGAGGACACCUUUGACUCCGGAAAAAACUGCAUUGGCUUAAGUCAACCCCAGUGAGCCAUGGAAGGGGCUGCAAUAGAAUGCUCAGUUUUCUUAGAGACCUCAGAACUGACUUUGUAAUUCCUGUUAGUUAUUUUGUUAACUGUGCAGUGAGAAAUUAUAUACUUUUUUUUUUCUCGGGACCUUGUUUCCAUGGAUGCCGCAUGUACCUUAAUUAAGUACAUACUGAAGAAACAUUUUUUUGUGCAUGCCUCCACAUAUUGCUCAAAAACUACCAUAUUGGGUAAUUUCACCUUUGCCCCUCACUUUCAUAGAUCUUUCAACUAAAGCAUAAAAUGUUGUUUGCAAUAUGUAUUAUGUGAGGGAAGGGAACGAAUUUUUGUUUAUGAGAAAUUGUGUUUCCAAUGUGUCCCAUGUUCCUGUGACUUUGUUUGGAAGGUUCAUUGCAGAUCAUGUUUGAACAUUCUGCCACAAUAUCGCUUGUUACAGUUGACUGAGUUGUUCCUAGUCUUUCCAUCAUCUAACCAAAACAUUCAGACGAGCUAAUUCUUGGAAUUUCUUAUUAUUGCCCUGUUGUCUGUUCGUGUGAAGGAGGAUUGAGUUGUGUUAAUUAGACAGUUGACCACCCCUUUCAGUUUCCUCUCAAAUUUAUUUUUUUUGUAUCUUGUGAAAUAGGUGGGGGAUAGGUUUUCGUGUUUACCGAGUAAGUUUCCAGAGUUUUGCUAGAAAAGAUCGUGUUGAAUUUUGGGGUGGGGUCAAGGCGAUUCCCCCAGCCUAUCAUUAGCAUGUUGUUCCCUUAGUUCCCGUGAUUUGCUACUGUAUUAUGCUUGUGUACAAGCGUAGUCUUAUUGGGAAGCUAACUUUCUGAUGAAGGUGGUGCGUUUGAAAUGAGGUCCUUGUACCAAGACGUUUGGCUCAUAAUUAUCGACAAGAUAGAGGGUAUUUACCAAGUAGAGUCGUGAUCUUUCGUGCAGUGUAUAUUAAGAGGUGCGCGGGGCGACAUCGGUGCUGCAGUAGUGUUAAGUUUUGAAGUAGCGCGGAUUAAUCCGACAGCAAGGUAUUGCGAAUAGUAGAGAGUCGUGUUUAUUGAAAAGUGGGCCAGUUGUCUACGUUAGAAAAUGUUGCAAAAUAUGUUAUCACACAAGGCUACAAUCGUGUAUUAUAGAUUGGGAGGUCCAUUUUUUUUUUUAUACGAACGGGACCACUCAGAUACUCCCUACGUUCUCGAUUUAACUAACAGGAGUUUUUUCCGGUUAGAACUAUUUCAAACUUGGUGAAAAGAACUCCACUUUUUAGGUCAAGUUCGUUUUUAGUCGCGAUGCAAAGUUUUGAGCUUCCCUUCUAAGUGACCGGAUAAGGGUGUGGUCUUUAUCGAGCGCGGCUGUAAGGGGAGGGUGGAGGCAAUAAAGGGGUGAUUGUGUAACGUUUUUGCUCUUCUUCAUACGCAGGGAGAAGGAUCAUUCGUGACGCACAGUUUGUUACAUUGUCCAAGUGAGUUCCUUGAUACUUUCCUGUACUUUCUGCAUUAGUGUUUAAAAAGGAAGUUAAUAAAGGAGGAAAAUACCUGUCAA